AUGAUUAUGGGCGACUUUAACGCUCCGAAUAUCGACUGGAAUCUGACUUCCGCUCCGGGCUCAGAAUUUAACUUUGAUCGCCGCCUCCUAAAAUCUGUGCAAAGAUCGCAUCUUACACAACACGUCUUAUCCCCAACCAGACUACGUGAAGGACAACUAGCCAACUGCUUAGACCUUGUAUUGACAAAGGCACCGGAAAGCGUUGAUGUUGUAAACUGUCUACCCCCUCUCGGAAAAAGCGACCAUGUAGUCCUACAGUGGGAGUAUUCUCUCUUCUCUGUACCCGAUCAAAGCAUCGUGAUUAGACGCAACAUAUGGCGUGGUGACUUCAACCAAAUGCGUCUCGACAUGCGUCGUAGAGACUGGAAAGCAGCAUUUACGGGGUGUGUCCUCAAGGACUGGCUAGAACUUAAGGCCAUACUGAAUGAACUUAUCACCAGAUACUACCCUAUGUCGAAAAAUAAAAUCACCAGCAGGCCCCGAUGGCUUAAGGGUUCACUAAAAGUUGAAGUAAACCGUAAGCAAAAGCUGUGGAAAGCAUAUCUUAGGGACAAGACAACUGAAUCCAGAAAUAGGUACAAGGCUCAGCGGAAUAGGGUAAAGUGCCUUGUUUACAAAGCCCGCCAAGACUUCGAGGGUAACCUUUUAAACUGUGCAGGAGAAAACCCAAAGCUUUUCUUCAACUACAUAAGACAAGGUACUCGCAACAGGGAUCCCAUCCCUAUGCUAAAAACUGAUGAUGGCGUUGAACUUUACAAGGACGACGAAAAGGCUGAGCAUCUGUCCAGGUUCUUUCAGUCGGUUUUUACGAGAGAAGUCGCUGUACCCACUGAUCACUGUAAUGUGGACAAUGUCCCGACAAUUGAAUCAGUGGUUCUCACAAAACCUAUUGUUCAACAGGAAUUACUGAAGCUAAAAGAAGGGACAUCGCCCGGUCCUGACGAAAUACCGGCAAAGUUGUUGAAGGAAUUAGCCACAGAAUUGGCAGAACCUCUGAGCCUCCUCUUCCAAGCCUCUCUUGAUGCAGGCAGACUGCCUCCUGAGUGGAAGACUGCGUGGAUUUCACCGAUUCAUAAAAAUGGCAGUCGCGCUUCCGCAAACAACUACCGACCAGUAAGCCUCACCUCCAUAUGCUGCAAAGUUAUGGAGCGAAUUAUCAAACGCGAACUGAUGCGGUUUUUAGAGCAAAAUCAUCUUCUGUGCGAUGCACAGCACGGUUUCCGCAGAGGGAGGUCCUGCUUGACCAAUCUACUCUACUGUCUUGAACAGUGGACCCGAGCGAUUGAUGAAGGAAACGUUGCGCAUGUGGCCUACAUAGACUUCAAAAAGGCCUUUGACAGCGUGCCACACCAACGUCUCCUAUACAAGCUCAGCCGCAUAGGGGUAAGAGGCAAGCUUUUGAAGUGGAUUGAAAACUUUUUGGUUGUUCGGUCCCAGACUGUUCGUCUUAGUGGCCAGCACUCGGCAGAGGUGACGGUUACGAGCGGAGUACCUCAGGGCUCCGUUCUUGGCCCUAUCCUCUUCCUCAUCUAUAUUGAUGACUGUAUCCAUGGAUUGGACUGCAAAAUUGCCAUGUUUGCUGACGAUAUAAAGCUUUGGAUUGUCAUCCGCAACGAGGACGAUGAAGCAAAUUUCCAGGCAAACUUAGACCGACUCGAAAAAUGGUCAGGCUACUGGCUCCUCCCAUUUAAUGUUACCAAAUGCAACAUUCUGAGGAUUGGCAGAACCAGCUCUGCGCACCGGCAGACGUACUAUCUAAAUGACACACCGCUGCCAUUGGUAGAGGUUCAGAAAGACCUAGGGGUGUGGAUAACAUCUUCACUAAAGCCAUCAUUCCACUGUUUGAAAGCAGCGAAAUCCGCAAUGUCCAGCUUAUAUCUCAUUAAGCGGGCAUUUGCCAAGUUCGAUGAAGAGUGCUUUCGCAAGGUCUUCGGGAUGUUUGUGCGCCCACAGUUAGAAUUUGCCAUUCAGGCCUGGAGACCCUGGACUGUUAAGGAUCGUACCACCCUCGAAAAAAUCCAACGACGGGCAACCAAGCUUGUCAGAGGUCAUAAAAACCUACCUAACGAAACCAGACUUUCAAAUCUUAACCUCUUUCCCCUGGACUACAGACAACUCCGUGGCGACUUACUUCAAAGUUUAGAAUGUUACGGGGUCAGGACUGCUGCCUCGCAUCCGGCGACUUCUUUGAGCUGGCCACCACUACUAGCUUGA